AUGGGUCACGAAGGAUCUGCGCAGCAGCCGACUGUUGCCUUCUCCGACCUCUCCGAAGAUGAAGAUGAAUACUCUCCACCGCCCCGACCAGCGGGCCGCCCUACGUUUGGCGACACUACCGGACCAGCCACCAUUGCUGCGCGCAUCCAAUCCACGGAUUACUCUGACGAUGACAUCCGACUCCUCUACCAGAUUGUCGUCGUGGCCGAACAAAUCUGGACCAACGAGCUCACACCCUCUACUCGCGUCCCUUUCCACGCCUUGUUUCAAGCCUACCACCGAGUCCUCCCUGAGCAUGGUAUCAACCCCGAUCACGACGACCAUAUCUCCAAGCUCAUCUUCUUGGUCGGCGGCAUCCAGGAGAAGGAGUCGUUAAUGGGGAAGUAUGAGGCGGCUAUGACGCGCAUUGGUAUCAGCCUCGCUAUCGAUGGCCCCAUGUCAGCCGAAUCCGAAUCCGACGCCGACGAUGAGGAUGGUGACGAUGAUGACGAUCCUAAAAUGGCGCAAAUGGCAGCGGCUUUCCGCCAGAAGCAGCUAGCCAAGUCCGCCCUCGCGGUGCUUACGGCGCCUGCGGCCCCUCCGGCGACCCAGACACAGUCGCAAGAUGAAGCCGACGAUGGGGAUGACAAUAAUGAAGCAAAAAUGGCCAAUAUGUGUGCCCAAUUCGACGCUGCCCGUCAGGCUGAUUUGGAAGAAGGCCUCGUGGACCAUCUGGAGGCGUGGAGGGAGAACGCGGCCCAAGCCAAGCGAAUGGAAGCCCUAGCUGAGCGUACACGCAAGAACCUUCUUCUGUCACGAGCCUUGGCAACAUGGUCGAAUCAAGCCGAAGAUGCAGCGGCGAAGGAGCAGCAGGCUACGAAGGCAUACGAGAUGGCAUUGAAGGCCAGAGCCUUGGGACUGCGCCGCCCGACCCCAAAUGCUAAAAACGUUGUCAGCACCGGGAUAAGCGCAGUUGACAGUACUCCCACUGCAUAUCCCACUGGCGCACCAGCUGCUUAUGCCACGAACGAAAAUGUCGCCGUCCAGGAAAAGGUCGCUGUCCAGGAGAAGGCCGCUGUCCAGGAGAAGGCCGCUGUCCAGGAGAAGGUCGCCGCCCCGGAGAAGGUCGCCGCCCCGGAGAAGGUCGUCGCCCCUGUUAAGAAACUAUCGCCUACGCAAGCGGCAUUGGAUGCGUACGAUACGUUUGAUCCUGAAAAAGACGAGCGUACGCAACUGGCGAGACGACAUAUUCUUCGCAUGCGGUUCUUUGGUGCUUGGGAGAGCUACACAGCUGAUAACAUCAAGAAGGCCAAGGAGUUCGAGGCAGAGGCACAGAACCAGAGACUUGCCCAGUCCAUCCCUACCUGGCGAGAAGAGGCUGCCUCCCAGACACGGCAGGAGGAGCAGGUUCUUGCGCGCAAUGCCGAGCGCGCGAACUUCUACCAGAAGACGACCAAAGCGCUGCCGAUAUGGAGAGAGAAGGCUCGAAAGGCGGCUGAACACAAAGAAGGGGUCCUCGAGUACUACGCUGAGCGAGCCGACUACUACUACAAAACCACCAAAGCGUUGCCUGUACUGAGGCAAAAGGCCGAGCAGGAGGAACAACGGGAAGACCUUCUCGCGCACUACGCGGAACGUGCCAACUUCUUCACCAGCACCACAAAGGCACUGGGUACAUGGCGGACGAAAGCAAAAGAGUCCGCGGAGAAGCAACAGCUCCAGGAACAUUACGGCGAACGCGCCGACUACUACUACUCGACUCGAAACACCAUCGUCGAGUGGCGAGAAAUCGCCAAACAGACACGCAGUAAGAGACUGAAAGAAGCUUAUUUCGAGACUCGCCGACGAGUGAAGAAGGCCAUGGGUGCGCGUCACGUCAAGCAAUGGCGCGAGAAGACACAGCUGAUCAAUGAGCGCUAUGAAGUGAUGGAAGCCAACCUGGUAUAUGCCACUGCCAAUCGGGAAUGGCGACAGGUUGGGCAAGCAUUCGAUACUUGGCGCAACCGUGCUCGCGAGAAGGAAGAGCAGGCUUUCGAAAGGGAAGAAGAAGCAAAGCGGGUUUCCGUCGACCAGUGGCGAAAGCAAUCGGCAGUCCAUAUGGAGGUCCAAGCCGAAGCGGAAGAACACUGGGAGGAAAGGGCAAAGUCCAGGGCCUUGAAGACGUGGAAUCUCAGCUCCAUCCAGGGCGCGAAUCGACCAGAAAUGGUGGCGAACGCGCUGGAGAAGAAGGAUCGAAGGCUACUGCGACAGGGAUUCGAAGGGUGGUACGGUCAAACUGCCGACAAGCUCGUACCCGUUGAGCUUCCAGAUGGCAGGUUCAAGAGCGUUGAUCGGAUCGUGGAGGACCAUCGUCAGCAGGCCUCACAAAGCCAAUCUCGAGGACUUCUCAGUGCCUGGAGAGCAGCGGCGAGCAAGAAGGCCAAAGCUGCUGCACCUGUUGAAGAGGAGCGAUAUGCGCCAACUCCUGGAAGGCCACAGAUUUUGCUUGGCCCUCUCGGCAGGAGGGAAACCACAACGCCUUUGGCACCUGUGCCCAGCCGGGCGCCGUGGCGAGCUCGAGAUCCUGUUCGAGGCGGAUCGGAGGUGCCUGGAAGGGCUGUUCGAGAUCCCGUUAUGAGCAAAUCUGAGAUGGCAGGAAGGGCUACUCGAGAUUCCGUCAUGGGCGGAUCUGCGAUGGCAGAGAGGGCUGCUCGGGAUUCCGUUAUGGGCGGAUCUGAGAUGGGAGUCAGGGCUGGCCGAGCCACCAGCUCAAGGAGAAACCUCAGAGUUUCCUGGGCAGCAUGA